CCCGGAUGUCCCGACGUCUUCCGCCGCAGCCUGUGACCCCAGGGCUUCUGGAGCGCACCCCCAAAAGCGGCCCAUGGCUGUCGAUAUUCAACCAGCAUGCCUUGGACUUUAUUGUGGGAAGACCCUGCUAUUUAAAAAUGGCUCCACUGAAAUAUACAGCGAAUGUGGGGUGUGCCCGAGGGGACAGAGGACGAAUGCCCAGAAAUACUGCCAGCCGUGCAUGGAGUCCCCGGAGCUGUACGACUGGUUGUACCUGGGCUUCAUGGCCAUGCUGCCCCUGGCUCUGCACUGGGUGUCCAUCGAGUGGUACUCUGGGAAGAAGAGUUCCAGCGCACUCUUCCAGCACAUCACUGCCUUGGUUGAGUGCACCAUGGCUGCCAUCAUCACGCUGCUGGUGAGCGAGCCGGUCGGGGUGCUGAACAUCCGCUCGUGUCGCGUGUCCAUGCUCUCUGACUGGUACACCAUGCUCUACAACCCCAGCCCGGAUUACAUCACCACCGUGCACUGCACCCACGAGGCCGUCUACCCGCUAUAUACCAUUGUAUUUAUUUAUUAUGCGUUCUGCUUGGUAUUGAUGACGCUGCUUCGACCUCUCCUGGUGAAGAAGAUCGCCUGUGGAUUAGGGAAAUCGGACCGAUUUAAAAGUAUUUAUGCCGCACUUUACUUCUUCCCGAUCCUAACAGUGCUCCAGGCCGUUGGCGGAGGCCUCCUGUAUUAUGCCUUCCCAUUCAUUAUAUUAGUGUUGUCUCUGGUUACUCUGGCUGUGUACAUGUCGGCUUCAGAAAUAGAGAACUGCUAUGAUCUUCUGGCCAGAAAGAAGAGACUCGUUGUCCUCUUCAGCCACUGGUUGCUCCACGCCUAUGGGAUCAUCUCCAUCUCCAGAGUGGAUAAGCUGGAGCAAGACUUGCCCCUUUUGGCUCUGGUACCCACCCCAGCCCUUUUUUAUUUAUUCACUGCAAAAUUUACCGAACCUUCACGGAUACUCUCAGAAGGGGCCAAUGGACACUGAAUGUAAAAUGCCAAAAAAAAAAACCAGCGAAGAAGCUGCUCAGUAGGAAAAGUCAAAGCAUGUAAAGAAGUGUUAGCACCGUUCUUUCAUAACUGAGAAAAGGUUGCUGACAAGCCUGUCCUGUCUGCUUGGCUCUUACCGGAUCUCUGGCUGGCGUCCAGAGUACUGCAAGACCCCGCUCUGUCGUGUGUUAUCCGUGAUACUAGAGACUGGAGGAAGCACCUGCUUCUCUCAGAAAUGACAUCGCCGUGCGCUUAGUGGAUGAUGUCCCUGUCGUUGUCAGUGAAGUCUCUCGGUGGGCACAGUCUGAGCACCUCAGCACGAGAGCUGUGGUCUCACUGGGCAAGCUGCUUGUGUCACAGCUCUGUUGGGGUUGUUUUUUUUUUUUUUUGGUUUUCACUUGAUGAUAAAUUCAAGAUUUACCUGUUGGGUCUGACAACAAACAUGGAAAUAAAGUAUGCCAUUUGUUUUGUUACCUAUUUAUUUUUACCACUACAGUAUUUUGAUAAGAUUAGAAAAAUAGAACAUAAUUUAUGUAACAGACUUUCGGUUAGUAGAUCAUUUUGCUGAAGACGUGUUCGGAUGAUUGUUCCUGUAAAGAGAACAGCCGUAAAAAGCUUAGCUGUGAUCGUUCUCAAAUGUGCUGGCAUUUUCUUUUCUUGAUGCAUUAAUUAAUAAAGUGUAAGCUUACAGUCUCUUUCCCAAGUGAAUAAAUAGAUAUACUCA